AUGAACCGUUUAUUUGUUCUGACAUCCUCUUUCUUGGUUAUUUUUUUCUCAGCCUUCGUCGUCUACAGCUUUUUGAGUCUGUGCUAUGAGUAUCUAGGAGGUGAGAGUUGCAUCAUGUCAGAAAUUCGUGGUCGAGAAUUUCCACGAUCAUGGGCGUUCUGCACGUGUUGCUUCCGCGGUCAAACUUAUACAAUCGAAUUUCUACGAUUUUGCAAACAAGUAGGUUAUCAAACGUGCAAUAUGACACCCCCCACAUCUACCUACUUUUAUGACUGCUAUUCCAUUCCUUCUCAUCUCCCCCAAAAUGGCUAUUUGUACGUGACUGUGAUCUACAAUGCGUCCGCAUUCAUGGCUCUCUACGCGCUGGUCUUGUUCUACUUGGCUACACGUGAUAUUUUACAACCGUUUGAUCCUGUGAUCAAAUUUGCUACAGUGAAAUCUGUGGUAUUUCUCUGUUUUUGGCAAGGUAAAUCUCUUCUACCAAAGUGUGCGUACUCCAUUCUGGCAUUGGUGUUGCCCGCGCUACCGAAUACGAAUGCUGGUACAGUGGCCGCUGGUAUUCAGAACUUUCUCAUUUGUCUCGAAAUGCUUGCGGCAUCCGUCGCUUUUCGAUUCGCUUUCCCUAUCUCCUCCUCUAUGCUUCUCUUUUUCUCUCACUCCCAUUCACCCGUUACAGGCCACCUCCUCUCAUCGUCUGAUUCUUUGCGUAGUCUUCGUGACACUGUCAAUCCACGGGACAUGUUCCACGAUGCGAUUCACAAUUUUCAUCCAAACUAUCAUAAAUACACGCAACAGAUACUGCUUACUACCACACACGCACCUGACUCUACUACAAUAUCGAUCGACUCCAGCCCAUCCGAUGCUCGUAUUGGACUAUCCACACUGAUUGAUUCGCUGACUGUUUGA